GCAGCAGCAGCAGCAGCAGCAGCAGCAGCAGCAGCAGCAGCAGCAGCAGCAGCAGCAGCAGCAGCAGCAGCAGCAGCAGCGUACCGAGUGCCAGUGUUGCCUGGAGGCCAGGAGGGGAAAAAGGGCUACUGCGCGCCAGCUGUCCAGACAGCCGAAGCAGCGAGAAGUGCCACCGCGUACACCGCAGCUGCAGAUUCGCCAGGCAGCAGCAGAACUCUCGCGCCGCCUGCACACGCGCAGCAGCAGCAGCAGCAGCAGCAGCAGCAGUAUCAGCAGCAGCAGCAGCAGAACUCUCGCGCCGCCUGCACACGCGCAGCAGCAGCAGCAGCAGCAGCAGUAUCAGCAUCAGCAGCAGCAGAACUCUCGCGCCGCCCGCACACGCGCAGCAGCAGCAGCAGCAGCAGUGUCAGCAGCAGCAGCAGAACUCUCUCGCCGCCUGCAGACGCGCAGCAGCAGCAGCAGCAGCAGUAUCAGCAGCAGCAGCAGCAGAACUCUCUCGCCGCCCGCAGACGCGCAGCAGCAGCAGCAGCAGUUGCAGAAGCAGCAACAGUAG